AUGCUACCUUACAUUAAACCUGCCGACACUCAAAAAGUACUUCUCAAUCAGAUUUCAAAAGAUACCGAGGUGCCGAUUAGUUUUCGCUCUUGGGAAUUGUACGAGUAUCCUCUACUGCCGAGUACUACGAAGCAUGUCUCGACUGUGAAAUGCUCAACGCAAUUGAAGAGACCGCGUUACGUCAUUCUCGGUUUCAAAAUAGCUAGAAACAAUCAGGGUCUGAAAGAUGCAAGUGCAUUUGAUCAUUGUAAUGUUCCAGAAAUCAAGUUAUUCUUGAAUUCGCAAAGUUAUCCCUAUGGAAAUGUGAACUUCGAUAUUGCACAUAACCAAUCCGCUCUUCUCUACGAUAUGCACACCAGCUUCCAAGCCUCCUAUUACCAUAAAGAGCCUGAACCACUAUUGAGCAGAGCGGACUUCUUGAAAACAGCACCACCCAUUGUCAUCGAUUGCUGCAAGCAGAAUGAGUUCUUGAAAUCCGGAGCUGUGGUCAUUCGUCAGGAGUUUCAAUCAUCAGAGAUCUUCUACCCCAACAAAAAGCGUUUACUUUUGUAA